GUGUGAUACCCAGCUCCCGCUGAGAGCGCCUCGGCAUGUGACAUGCUACAGGGGGUGCAAGACAACAGGAGCAGGGUCAGACUGAAGAAUGUGAAGAGAGGACCGAGAGGAGGAGACAGAUGGAGCAGAACAGAAAGAGGGAGAGAGAGAGAAGAAGAGAGAGUGAAAGGGGGAGAAAGAAAGAGUGAAAGGGGGAGAGGCAGAGAGAGAAACAGGGAGUGAAAGAGGGAGAGAGAGAAGUCCUGAGAGCAGUAAACGCAGCAGUAACACAAUCCUUUGCACAAAAUGAAGUGUAGCAAAACACAAUAGAUCAGCAGCGUUGAUAUGGCUGAUGUCAUGAGCCAGACUUGGGGUCCGCCUAUAGGCAGCUUUGGCCUGGGCUCCAGUACCCCCAACGCCACUCUGACCUCCCCGAAGAACAUCAGCAGUGGCUUCCAGUCCCCUUUCUCCCCCGCCAUGGACAUGGCCAUCAGCGCCAUCACCAUCAUCAUCCUCUUCAUCACCAUGGUCUCGCUGGGCUGCACCAUGGAGAUCGCCAAGAUCAGGGCUCACAUCCUGCGCCCCAAAGGAGUGGCCAUCGCCGUGGUGGCGCAGUUUGGCAUCAUGCCACUGACCGCUUUCAGCCUGGCAAAGAUCUUCCAGCUGGCCCCCAUCGAGGCCGUCACCGUGCUCAUCUGCGGAUGCUGCCCGGGGGGAAACCUCUCAAACCUUUUUGCCCUGGCCUUGCAGGGUGACAUGAACCUCAGCAUCGUGAUGACCACAUGCUCAACGGUCUUGGCUCUGGCCAUGAUGCCCACUCUACUGUACCUGUACUGCCAGGGCUUUGACCUGGAGAACGCCGUGCCCUACACUGGCAUCCUCAUCGCCCUCGCCAUGACCCUAGUGCCCUGUGGGGUGGGCAUCGCCAUCAACCACUGGAUCCCUGGCUGGUCUAAAAUGAUUAUUAAGAUUGGCCUCAGCAUCCUCCUCAUCGCCUCCGUGGCCAUCGGCGUCAUGUCAGGCAUCACCAUCGGGGGCAGCGUGUGGGUGGUGCUCUCUCCUCAGCUCAUGGCCGUGGCCUGCCUCAUGCCUCUCACCGGCUUCCUCCUGGGCUUCGUCAUGUCCUCGCUCUGCAAACUCAACGGACAGUGUCGCAGGACUAUUGCGGUUGAGACCGGCUGCCAGAACAUCCAGCUGUGCUCCACCAUUUUGAAAGUGGCAUUCCUCCCCGAAGUGAUCGGACCGCUCUACCUCUUUCCUCUGCUCUACAUCAUCUUCCAGGCCGGGGAGGCUCUCCUCCUCGUCUUGCUCUACAGAUGCUAUCAAAUGCUCAGACCACCAGCGGAGGAGCCGACGUACUGGACAGUAAACAGUAAAGUUGAAGCUGUGAAAGUUCCUACUUGCUGAUGAGAGGACCUGUGCACCAGCUGAGAAGGGAACCCGACGUCAGACGCCUACAUCCCAUUCCACUGUUCCACUGAACAGACAUCACCAUCCCAUUCCACUGUUCCACUGAACAGACAUCACCAUUCCAUCCCACUGUUCCACUGAACAGACAU